AUGGACAUCGAUACAGUCGAGGACCAGUCAAACGCCCCUUCGUAUGCGAAAGUCGUCCAGAAACGCCCGCCCAAUGAUGGCCGACGCGCGACCUCUGUCCCAUUAACUCCGAAUGCCUCGUUUUCCGUAGGAUAUGUCUUCUCGCAUGAGAUGAUGCUCCAUCGAUCGUUUCAUGGAAACCCCGAAGCUUAUGGACACCCCGAAGCACCAGAACGCAUUCAGAGCGUUUACGCAGCUAUCCAGAGGGCAGGCCUCUUCGAGUCCAUGAAGUACAUUCCUAUCCGCGCCGCCAAGGAACAUGAGGUCCUCCUCGUACACAGCGCAGGCCUUUGGGCCAAAGUCCGCGCGUUUGAGAACAUGACACGGCAAGAGAUUAGUGACAGUGAAUCCUACUAUGAUUCGCUCUCUUUGUAUGUUAUGGAACAAACGACACGUGCAGCCCUUCUAAGCUGUGGUGGCGUCAUUGAAGCCAGUCUCGCCGUAGCACGAGGCGAACUCAAGAAAUCAUUCGCAAUCGUUCGUCCACCCGGGCAUCACGCCGAGCCUGACGAGCAUAUGGGCUUCUGCUUUUUCAACAAUGUUGCAGUCGCUGCACGCGUCGUGCAACAGUUAACACCCAUCAGGAGGAUUCUCAUCCUUGACUGGGACGUACACCAUGGCAACGGUACUCAACGUGCCUUCAACGACGACCCUUCUGUCCUAUAUAUAUCAUUACAUCGAUACGAGAAGGGUACGUUCUAUCCCUGUGGACCUUUCGGAAGCAUGGAGUCAUGCGGCGAAGGGGAUGGUCUGGGAUACUCAGUCAACAUCCCUUGGCCUCGAAAGGGAAUGGUGGACGCGGACUACAUCCACGCAUUCCAGCAAAUUGUCAUGCCAAUUUGUGUGGAGUUUGCCCCAGAACUGGUCAUCAUCUCGGCGGGCUUUGAUGCUGCCGAUGGGGACGACCUUGGCGAAUGUCACGUCACUCCAGCAGGGUACGCGCAUAUGACCCAUAUGUUGUCCGGACUGGCGGGAGGAAAAGUCGUCGUCGCAUUGGAGGGAGGCUAUAAUCUGGAUUCUAUAUCAAAAUCAGCGCUAGCCGUCGCUCGUGUUCUUACGGGGGAAGCGCCACCCGAACUACCGCCCUUGGUUGCAAGCGAGUACGGAACGGAGACUGUCUGGAUGGUUGCAGGCCAACAAAGCAAGUACUGGAAAAAUGUCAACCCCAAAGCGUGUGAACCUCGAGAAGAGGAAGACCCCUUGUCGUUCUCCAUACCAGAGAUUCUCAAAGCCCACCGCCAACAUCACCUAUACACACAACACAAUAUGCUUCAAAUCCCGCUUCUCACAGCAGAGUACGAGAAUCGCUAUGGCAGCCAGGUUAUGUGCACACCCGAUAUGCUCGAAAACAAGACGAUCAUCCUUUUCGUACACGAGCACGGAAACCUGCGCGUUGAAUUGGAAGGCCGACCAGAAUGUAAUGUGCGCGAAGAGAACUCAUAUCUAAUUGACUUCUCGAAUGAUCUCAUCAAUUGGGUUCGGAAAGAGAAAUAUGCCCUUGUUGAUGUCAACAUGUAUCCCAAGCCGUUUGCUCCCGCUCCUGCUAGACGGAAGCAACCUGAGGCAUUUUCACGAAAUCUUAUCACAUAUGUUUGGGAUAACUACAUUCAAUUGUCGCAAGCCCAACGUAUCGCGAUUAUAGGACAUGGUCCUGGGUGCGAAGCUGUCAUGGAGCUCCUUGAGGAAAGAACUGCGAACAUGCGGCGUUAUGUUGAUGCGGUCAUCCAAGUAGUGGGCAUGCUCAAGAUCCCGCUGACGCCGCGAGAAAACGCAGAGCUUCGAGACUGGUAUCAAAAGAAAUCCCUGGUCUUUGUAAACCCACAACAUCCCAUUUUUGAGCCCACCUCUACGAUGCUGAAGAGGCACGGUCGGGUUAUGAGAAUUGAUGAGCUGAAACCAAUACGCAUCAUGAAGAAGUCGCUGCCUAUAAUUGAGGAACACUUGAAGAAGGCUUUUACUGCCGCUGGUAAAUAG